UUUCGUAUUCAGUAUGAAACGAAACUUUAACGGAUGCGGACGGUCUGGAAACGGAUGUUUUGAGGUCUCUCUUAAAAGCGAAUUUUUCUAUUUUGAAGAAAAAACUAAAUAAAAAUACAAGGAAUUAAAAUUUUCAAUCAGAAAAAAAAAGAAAAACACGAAAACGAAGUCAAAAAAAUUGAAAAAUAAAAUUUUUGAAACGAAAAGAAAAAUUAAACGAAAAAUUUUCAAAUAAAAAAAAAAAAAAAAUAAAUUUAAAAAUUCGAAAUUAAAAAAAAAUUAAUCAAUUGUUCAAUCUUAAAGUGUUAACGAAUUUUAACUUAACAACAACAAAAACAACAACCACGACGUUUGUUGUACAUCAAACACCUUGCGAGGUGAUAAGGUGAACCGAAAGAAAAAAUCGGGAUAACAAAAAUAAACAAAUGUUAAUGGCUGUCAUUAGCCAGAUUGACAGGGAGUGCGUAGAAACCGGCAACACGUAAAAAAAGAGCAACAACAACAUAAACCAAAAAAAAAAAAAAAAACAAGUGACAUUUAAAUUUGUAACUUUACAAGGCAGAACGCAGAACGGGCCAUUUAAAACGGAAAAUGUAAACGUAAAGAAGAAGUUGUAAAACAUAAAUCGAUUUAAAACAGAACGUGAAAAAAAUAAAUUUAAAGAAAAAAACCUAGGGAAAUUCGAGGAAAAGCUACAAAUCACAAAAUUGAAAUUGAGUAAAAUUUACAAGCAACAGCAACUCAAUAAAUUCCUUUGGAAGAAGUUUUGAAGACCCCCUGCUCUAGGAAAAUCCUCCCUUUCAAUUUUCCAAAUUAUUUUUUGUUCUCUCCUUUUUUAAAAAAAAAAACACGUCAUGAAAAAACCUCCCGCCCUGAAAAUGUCCACAAUGCAAUUACUUCUCUUUCUCAUUGCCCUCCUACCCUGCUGGGUGCUGGCGGCUCCCUCUGCCCUCGAUGGCGGCAAUUAUUUCACCGCCAAUGGUGGUUAUGUUUCGAGUCCUUCCAUUUAUUCGUACACCAUUGAAAAUCAAUUGCCGCAAGUGAACCAAAGCCAACAGCAGCAACAACGUGAAGUGCCAUAUUAUCAAUCGGCCGUGAAUACACGUAACUUAUAUUAUACCUCGCCGAAUAACAAUAACAACAACAAUAACCGGGAUAUUAACUCGGCACCGCCAUCAACUCCGGCGUUGGGCUCAGCCCCCACCCAACCAGCUCCGGUCAGCGAUUGCACCGUAGAUCGUUUGGCAAUCUACAAAGUUGUCCUGCACACCUAUUGGACUAGGGAAUUGUUUCCCAAACACUAUCCCGACUGGCGGCCUACAGCACAAUGGACUAAGACAAUAGGACGUACACAUGACGCCAAAUACGCCUUGUAUCACAUCGGACAACAGGCCACAUCCGGUGUUAAACAAUUUGCCGAAACGGGCAAAAGUGAAAUAUUGGAUACGCCAUUAGGUGAGCAACAACAACUGCAAUUACAACAACAAAAAGUCCAAGUGGAGAAAUCAACAUCAACAUCUAGUGCGACGGCCACAACGACGACGACAUCGUCGUCGUCGUCGACCACCACCACCACAACAACAACACGCAACAAUCAUAACACGCUGGCCGCCGGCUCUAGCGAGCGUAACAUUUUCGAUGAAUUUAAUUUACCAGCCAUCAGCCAGGGUGCGGGACGCAGCGAAGCGAAAUUCUUUGUCGACAGCAAUCACAGUUUGGUGUCAUUAAUGACACGCAUCGUACCCUCGCCCGAUUGGUUCAUAGGGGUCGAUUCGUUUCAGCUCUGCGUCGGCGGCUCCUGGAUAGAUACGGUCACCGUUGAAAUGGACCCCCUGGAUGCCGGUACGGACAAUGGCUUUACCUUCACCGCUCCCAAUUGGCCGACAUCGCCGCAGGGUGUUAUCUAUCGCAUCACAUCGCGUUAUCCCGCACAUCCGGCUGGCAGUUUUUUCUAUCCGAAAAGUAAACGUUUGCCGCCCAUGGCGACGUUUCAAUUUAUCAAGCUCAAAGAAUACGAACUAAGUGAAGUUUUCAACUUCGCCGAAGAUGACCGAAAAUACGAGACCGUCAAGACGCAAACGCAUCUGGAAAUGGAACACAAUCAUGUCGAAAUGAAUAACGAACUGUCGGCGAGUAUAGAACGGGAGAGACAAAACGAGAUUGGGCCGGCACAGCCGACAAGGGCAUCGGAAAGAGAUCGUAUACGAUCGAAGCUGUUGGAGAAAAUGAAUCCAAUGAACAACAACAACAACAAUUCCCAGCCCUACAAUGUGGUGCCGAAAAACGAUAAAAAUGCCAUUAUGCAAAAUAUUGCCAACAGCUAUAGACGCUCUGAUUUAUCAGCAUCGCUCGCAUCAUCAGCCUCGUCAUCAUCAGGAAAUCAGGCAUCUUCCCUGGCCUCCUCCUUAUCUUCAGCCAACACCUAUACGGCCACAAAUCGUCGACGCCGCACGAAACGUCCACGCGAUUGUCGUGUUAGCCACUGGUCAGAGUGGUCUGCCUGCAGCAAGACAUGCGGUAUUGGUGAAAUGCAUCGAUACCGGCGCAUCAUCAAACAUGGCAAACGGGGCGGACGGCCAUGUCCGCCAUUGAAGGAGUCAAAAUGGUGUGGCUCGGAAAAGGGUUGCCAUUCACCAGAGACCUAUUUUAAUUGGUCUGAUACAUGAAUCUAAACGAGAUAACCAACCGUAUAAAACCUCUUUCAAAAAGGCGUAUUAUUUUUGAUUUUAUUAUGAUUUUUUUU